AUGUUCCGCCGAUCCCUUGCCCUCCUGGCCUUGUCUCUGACCGGGCCUACCUCGACCUUGGCUUUCGUUUUUCAAUGGGCUCCUCCUAGUUAUCAAUGUUAUACCCAAACGCUCUCUUGGACAGGAGGAUUACCACCCUUCAAGGCUAUCAUCACACCGUCAUUACAAAAAGCGUUCGUUUACGACAUCCCCGCCAGCGCGUACAACGUCGAGUCCGCGACAGGGAGCUACGACAUUCAACUGCAAUUGUACUCGGGGAUUCAGUAUGUGCUUUGGAUGAGCGAUGCCACGGGUGUAGGAACGGGUGGGAGUACGAAUAUAAUGACCGUUCAGGGAUAUGGCGAAUCCGCCUGCCUGAGCACAGCCGACCGGAAUCAGACCCAAAUGACCUGGAGCGUAGAGACCUUUCAACGAAACAUCGUCCAAUGCAAAGCCUCUUUCCCGAUGGAUUGGAGUCAGACGGUGGAAAGUGGACAAGCUCCUUUCAACAUGACCGUCAUCUCGCUUGAUCAAUCCUUCGACCCUUUCGACGUCGACUUUGGAAGCAACUCGUCCGUGGACUGGCAGGUCAACCUCAAGGCGGGGUCGGAAUUCACUAUCAUGUUCAACGACGCUCGGGGGUAUGGUACGGGAGGGACUGGGGAGCGGUAUCAAGUGAAUUCGACGGCGGUCGGGGAUACGAGUUGUCUGGAUGGUGGAGGGAACCAGACGAUCACCCCUGGGGUCUCGCAUACGAGGACGUCGACGGUGAUGAGCACCAACGCGGUAUCGACUUCCAGUGCUUCGUCCGCUCCGAACAACAACGACGAUGGCGGGUUGUCAGAUACCGCGAUGUACGCUGUGGCCUCGGUCGGAGCGGUCAUCGGAGUCGCUUUGAGUGCAGCUAUUGGAUUCUGUUGUUUCAUCUACCGAAGAAGACGCCGUAAUCGAGAACAAGGACAAGGCCAGGGAUCGACCGGCGGUGCAAGACGAGAAGGAGACGGAGGAAGCGGAGCGGGAGCUCUCGGAUUGGGCUUGGGGAGGUUCAGGAGGAGAGGAAGGAACGGGGAACAACGUUACGGGCAUCCGAAUGAGGGGGUCGACCUCUUCGAUGGGGGUUCAUCUAUACAUGGAAGCGAGUUUUCUCCCGUUGGCGGCGGGCCCGCACGGAUGGGAGCGAGGACUUUGUCCGACAACUAUUCGCCUAUGCCAUACACGCCAGGGGGAGGAGGCGGCGAUCAAUCGCCUGGUGGAUAUAUCGGAGGUGAUUAUCCCCUUUCGGCAACGGGGACGUUUACAAGUGCGGGCGUGGCAGGGCGCGGGAACGGUCGGGAUGGUGAUGGUGAAGCUUGGCACGAACUGGGCGAAUACCCAGCUUCGAACCCAUUCGACGAUCGGACGUUGAGCAGGGAAGAAUCGCUGGCCGCGCUAGUCGAUCGGAAAUGGCCAUUGCCAGCGCCGUCACAUUCGGCCACUCCGACAUCGGCGAGCGCGAAUGGGGAGAGGAAUUCUCCACUCGACACAGGAAGCCAUACCGAUACUCCGUUAUUGAGACAUUUCCCUGCACCGGGAGAAGCCUCAGCGUUGUCCCCUGCCGGACAGAGAAAAGAGGAUGAAAUGCUUGCCGAGUUUGAGCGGGCCAGGGGCGAAUCUCGGGAGCAGGAUGCAAGCGACCCAGCCGGAUUGGCGGCAGGCUCGACCUGGUCCGGUUCUGGGAACAGCCGAAACGCGAGUACCACGAUGUUGCCACCACCGACUGGGACUUUCAGGGUGACCAAUGCUGGCGAGGGCGAUCCUAUCGUGGCAACACCUCCACCAUCAGCGACAAUGCCCCGGGCGCCUACCUCGGCGGGGACGGGGCAACGGAGAAGACGCCUCGUCGAUCCCUUUGACACGGUCCAGCCUCGAUUCGUGCGGCAUGCCGAUGCUGGCCGUGUCACUCGAGAGGCCGAGGUCAUUGAUCUGCCGCCCCUGUACACGGAUCUGGACCAUCGACCUAAUAAUCAGGCAAACGAUCAGGAAUCGCCAGCCGAAGGAAGGGCCAUGUAA